GAUUUUCAGAUAUUAUCUUUUCACUGAGGAAGGCAGUUUCCUUCAAGGAGGAAAAUUCAACCAGAAGUAAAUUUCAUUUCACAAAAACUAACAUGAAAUUUUCAUAAUUUCACAUUGCCUAAAGAGAAAGUGUGGUUAUGUUCUCAGAUAUUUUGGCGGGCUGCCUCAUCCAUCAGUGAGCGUCUUGAUCUUGUUUUUGUGCUCUGUUUAUUCUAAUAAAUUCUGCAAAAAUGGAAGGAUUUGACGAUGCUGGACUAUUCUACUCGGACAAUUUUGGCGAGGAGCGUCCGCAGCAAAUCAACCUGCAGGCCAUCAAGAAGAGUUACAAGGAGUUCUUGCACAGCUUCCAUGAGGAUACAUUCAACUUCAAAUACAGGGAUACCCUGAAACUCAAUUACAUUACCGGGAAGUACUUCCUGGAAGUGGAAAUGGAGGAUUUGGCUGGGUAUGAUGAGACUCUCGCGGAUAAAUUGUACAAACAUCCCAGCGAGCAUUUGCCGGUGUUUGAGGAAGCCGCCCGGGAGAUUGCUGAUGAAAUAACGCGUCCACGUCCCGAAGGGGAGGAUCAGGUGCGGGAUAUUCAGAUCCUCCUACGUUCCAAUGCUCUCCCCACGAGUAUUCGUGAGAUUAAGUCGGAGUGCAUCUCCCGGCUGAGCACAGUGGCGGGGAUUAUUGUGUCAGCAUCAAAUAUUCGUGCCAAAGCCACCAAGAUGACCAUUCAGUGUCGCUCCUGCAGUAACAUCAUCCCCAACAUCUCCCUCAAUCCUGGACUUGAGGGUUACGCUCUACCCCGGAAAUGCCCAACUGAGCCAGCUGGACGUCCCAAAUGCCCCAUGGAUCCGUAUUUUAUCAUUCCCGACAAAUGCCAGUGCGUGGAUUUCCAGGUGUUGAAGCUACAGGAAUUGCCAGAUUCCAUCCCACAAGGAGAAAUUCCACGACACAUCCAGAUUUACUGUGACAGGAAUCUCUGUGAGCGCGUCGUGCCAGGGAAUCGUGUUCUCAUCCAUGGGAUCUACUCAAUUCGCAAAGUGGGGAAACCCUCGAAGCUUGAUGGUCGUCAGAAGGCCAUUGUGGGUGUCCGGGCGCCCUAUAUGCGUGCUGUGGGAAUCGCUGUGGACACCAAAGGGCACGGAAGUAUAUCAAUGCAGUCCAAUGUUACGGCUGAAGAGGAGGAAGCAUUCAAGAAACUCGCCGCUACGCCCAAUCUCUACGAACGUCUUGCUCAAUCAAUCGCGCCCAGCAUUUACGGGUCGUUGGACAUCAAGAAGGCAAUCGCUUGUAUGCUCUUUGGGGGAUCAAGGAAGAGACUCCCGGAUGGGCUAAUUCGUCGUGGGGAUAUAAAUCUCCUCAUGCUGGGCGAUCCGGGAACGGCAAAGUCCCAACUGCUGAAAUUUGUCGAGAAAGUCGCCCCAAUUGCUGUCUAUACAUCCGGAAAGGGAUCCAGUGCAGCUGGUCUCACAGCUUCCGUCAUCCGGGAUGCCUCCAGUAGGAAUUUUGUCAUGGAAGGCGGUGCCAUGGUUUUGGCUGAUGGUGGAGUUGUGUGCAUUGAUGAAUUCGACAAGAUGAAGGAGGACGAUCGUGUGGCCAUUCACGAAGCCAUGGAACAGCAAACAAUCUCAAUUGCCAAGGCAGGGCUCACGACAACCCUCAAUUCCCGCUGUUCCGUCCUCGCGGCCGCCAAUUCCAUCUUUGGCCGCUGGGAUGACACGAAGGGUGAAGAAAACAUUGACUUUAUGCCCACAAUUCUCUCGCGUUUCGACAUGAUCUUCAUUGUGAAGGAUCAGCACGACGAGCAGCGGGAUCUCACGGUGGCCAAGCACAUCCUCAACAUUCACCUCAAUGCCAACAAGACGGACAACCGGGCCGGGGAUGAUGAGAUCUCCCUGGCCAUGCUGAAGAAGUACAUUCACUACUGUCGCACAACAUGUGGGCCACGACUCAGUGUGGAAGCGGGUGAGAAGCUAAAGAGCCAGUACGUGCUGAUACGCAAAGGGGUGCUGAGUCAGGAAAAGGGUUCCGAGAAGCGUCUCGCCAUUCCCAUCACAGUGCGCCAACUGGAGGCCAUCAUUCGCAUCUCCGAAUCCCUGGCAAAGAUGCAACUGCAACCAAUUGCCGUUGAGAGUCACGUCAAUGAGGCACUGCGUCUCUUCCAACUCUCCACCCUCGAUGCUGCCAUGUCCGGAAAUUUAGCCGGAGCCGAGGGAUUCACAACGGAAGAGGAUCAGGAGGUACUAAAUCGCAUUGAGAGACAACUCAAGAGACGCUUUGCCAUUGGAUCACAAGUCUACGUGCAGAAUAUCAUUCAGGAUUUCUCGCAUCAAAACUACGCCGAACGGACUGUCCUGAAGGUGAUUCACACAAUGAUUCGACGCGGGGAGCUACAGCACCGUAUGCAGCGGAAGAUGCUCUAUCGCAUUUGCUGAUCACCCUCCGAUGGUGCCUUUGAUGGGGUUGUCUUCCGCACCACAAAUCCCCGGAAGGAUGUUUGAAUUUUUGUUGCAGCAUCAUUGAGUUUCUGUAGACGUUUUCGCACAAGAAAUCCCCUCACUUGA